CACUUUUUAUGUAUCAGAUAUUUGUUGAGAAAUAAUUCUAGUGGUAUUCAGUGAUAUUUCGGGAAAGAUCUAGUAUUAUUUUUGUAUCAUAAAAAAUUGUGUAAAGAUUAAUAAUUGAUUCAUGGACUUUAAAUACUCCAAUUACAACACCUACAUACUGACAAAAUUGUGAAGUGUAACUCAGACGUAACCAUCACACUUAAAUCAACACAGCCAAACACAACGAAUUCAUUUGCGCAUGCGUUUUAUGUAAUUUGUUGUAUGCACAUUCAUUUCUGAGGUUUGUUCUGGCCUCCAUUGGCAUCGAUGAACAGUGAUGAUUAUGAACGGUGAGUGAAGGGACGCGUGCGUAAAAGCAACUAUGAAAAAAACAGCCUCGGAGGAUUAAAAAAAACGAUAGCCAUAAUUUACUACCUUGAAGCACCGUGAGACCUUUCGUUGCUCUCAGCAAGCACACGUCCAUACGUGACCACAAAUAAAAGUAUGGAAAAUGUCGGGAGAAAGCGAAAUACUCUGGUGCAAUCGUUAAUAAUAAACAAUCAACUUAAUUAAAAAAAAUUGACAUUCAUCAUGAGCAACACAACAAUGACUGACGUAGUGUCGUCUGCUAUAUCCACUGCUGCAGAAAGUGUCACUCCAACGACAGUUCUUGAGACAGUUGCUGGUACAAUUGCUAAUGAUAGCAUUGAACCAAGACCAAUUUUUUUGCAAACCCGAGCAGCACAAGGAAUAUCUGGAGCUUUUGUUUCACUUGCACUGUUCCUGACUUGCCAACAGAUUUACCAACACCUAAGGUGGUACACAAAUCCUGCAGAGCAACGAUGGAUUGUUCGAAUUUUAUUUAUCGUUCCUAUAUAUGCCACAUAUUCAUGGAUAUCUUUACUAUUUUUCAACAAUGAAAGCUAUUACGUAUACUUUUUCACAGUGCGUGAUUGUUACGAAGCUUUUGUAAUUUACAACUUCUUGUCACUUUGCUACGAGUACCUGGGAGGUGAAGGAAACAUCAUGUCAGAGAUUCGGGGGAAGCCAAUACGUUCUAAUUGUCUUUAUGGCACAUGGUGUCUAGUAGAAAAGACAUAUACUAUUGGAUUUCUACGAUUUUGUAAACAAGCAACCUUACAAUUUUGCUUAGUAAAGCCAGUCAUGGCAUUUGUCAUAAUAUUUCUUCAAGCUUUUGGACACUAUCGCGAUGGCGAUUGGUCUCCUGAUGGCGGAUACAUUUAUAUUACAGUUAUUUACAAUAUCAGCGUUUCACUUGCCCUUUAUGGGCUGGUUUUGUUCUACUUUGCUACACGAGAUUUACUCACACCCUUUGAACCAGUUCUCAAGUUCUUUACUGUUAAAAGUGUCAUCUUUCUGUCAUUCUGGCAAGGUGUAUUAUUGGCUGUUUUGGAGAAAGCAAGUGUUAUUCCGCCUGUUAUUGACAGCCUAGGACAUGCAACAAGCGCUGGAACAGUUUCAGCUGGCUACCAGAACUUCUUAAUUUGUAUAGAGAUGCUCUUCGCUGCAAUAGCUCUUCGUUAUGCUUUCCCCUAUCAAGUGUACGCAGCUGGCUGUGUUACAGAUUCGAGAGGCCGCAGUGUCACUAUGCAAAGUAUCAGCAGUAGUUUAAAGGAAACCAUGAAUCCCAAGGAUAUCAUGACUGAUGCCAUCCACAAUUUCCACCCUCAAUAUCAACAAUAUACGCAGUAUAGCUCUGGUGGUACGAAAAAUCAACGCGGCAUGAGAGUGUCAAGUUUUGAUCCUGAUGAUCCACAAAAUAUGCCAGUUCCACCUCCACAAAGACGCAAUACUUCUAAUCAACGUGUGGCUACUAUUUCGCAAAAUUAUAAUGAAAAAACGAUGUUGUUAAGUAGUGACGAUGAAUUUCAGUAAAAAUAAUUUUAUUUAUUUUUACUUAAUGAUUUAUACAACAAAUUUGAUUAUCGAAAACUUAAGUUUUCAUACGAAAAAUUUAUUAAAUUAACAUUUACAGUAUUUAAUUUAAUUAUGUUCAUGUUUAUAAAUACUUAAAAAUUUAUAAGUCAAAAACAAAAGCCAAAAUAUAUAA